AUGGGAAAUGAGUCCGAUGCAUCGAGACUCCGUCUUGACGACGCGUUUUGCCCGACUUGUCUACCACCAUGCCCGUCCGCACCCUCUCACCAGAUCGUGGAAAAGUCCAUUCUGCCCCUCUCAGUGGACCUCCGGAGCAAAGCCCGAUGGCUCAGUGUGCUCCUGCCGUCCUUCCUGUCCUGGGGUGGGAGCAGCACUUCGUCGUCGGGGAAAGCCCGGCGGACAGCCUACCUAGACGGGCUGCGCGGGUUUGCAGCCUUCCUGGUGUAUUGGGGGCAUCAUGAAUUAUGGGCACACGAUGGCAUGGGCGCUGAGCGGAUCUUUGAGAAUGCGUAUGGUUACGAGAAGCAACACUUCCUGGUCGCAUUCCCCGGAAUUCGCACUUUCUUCUCCGGCGGACACUUUGCGGUCAGUGUAUUUUUCGUCCUAUCGGGCUACGUGCUAUCCGCCAAACCGCUGGCGCUGAUCCAGGCGGGUGAAUAUCUCCAGCUGGGCGACAAUCUGUCCUCUGCGCUAUUCCGGCGAUGGCUGCGUCUUCACCUCCCCGUUAUCGCUACCACGUUCAUCUAUCUCACGUUCCUUCACCUCUUCCACAUCCGCGCAACGCCGGAAUUGAAGGGCACCUACGGUGAAGAAGUGUGGAACUGGUAUAUCGAGUUUAAGAACUUCAGUUUCAUUUUCCGCGGGGGUGGUGAGCCAUGGUUCACCUACAACUUCCACUCGUGGUCCAUUCCCGUUGAAUUCCGCGGAUCCAUCAUUGUCUAUACGGCCUUACUGGCGUUUUCCCGCCUUCGCCGGAACAUGCGUCUGGCCGGUGAGGCCGGGCUGAUCUUCUACUUUCUCUACAUUGCCGAUGGCUGGUUCGGGGCGCUGUUCAUCUCGGGUAUGCUGCUCUGCGACCUGGAUCUGCUUGCAGCACGCGACAACCUUCCGGACAUUUUCCUGAUGCUGGGGCCGUUCCAGGAGGGAAUCAUCUACUUCCUUUUUGUCGUCAGCAUCUACCUGGGCGGCGUGCCGUCUCGCACGUGGGACCUGCAGGCAUUGCGUGAUUCCCCGGGCUGGUACUACUUGUCCUUCCUGAAGCCCCAAGCGGUGUUUGACUACAAGUGGUUUUAUCUGUUCUGGGCGUCCACCUUCAUAGUGACGGCGAUCGGGCGGAUCGGCUGGUUGAAGAGAUUUUUCGAGCUUCGCUUCAACCAGUAUCUGGGGCGGAUAUCCUUCGCCUUCUAUCUAGUGCAUGGACCGGUGUUGUGGGUGCUCGGGGAUCGGCUGUAUGCGGCGGUGGGUUGGGUGCGCGAUUCGCAUGCCACAAAUUGUCCCGGGUGGAUCGAUCGCUUCCCGCUCCCCCGCACGGGGCCUCUGGGGUUGGAAGUCAGCUUUCUGGCUACUCACUUGAUUCUGCUGCCGAUUACUCUUUGGUUGGCGGAGAUCGUAACCAAAUUGAUUGAUGAGCCGAGUGUGCGAUUGGCUCAGUGGCUGUAUCGACAGGUCACGACGCGUAGAUGA